AUGUUGUACGAACUCAUAGGCGUGGUCCGCCCAGGCCGCAGCGUCAACGAAAUCRAAGAAAUCACCAAGACCACCGGCAACAUCGUUCUGUCCGCAGGAGGAGUGGUGCGCGGCAUCACCAAUUGGGGAACAUUCAUGCUUCCCAAGCCAGCGCGAAAGCAGGGAGCCACAUAUCGCGAAGGUCACUACUUCAUCCUCCGAUUCGACUCGAGCGCAAAGACCCAGCACACUGUGAGAAGAACACUGGGCUUGGAUCCCAGAAUGAUCCGGUACAGCGUGGUCCAGAUGGGGAGCAAGCUCCAGGAUAUCAAGGAUGUUGGAGGCAAGGCAGACUGGCCCGGCGUUCCCAGCACCUGA